AGAGGCAGCUUAGUGUGAGCACCUGUCUUAAGGAAUAAUCCAAUAUCUUGAGAAAUCUUUAGGUGUCUGUACAAAAAGAAGUACAACCCAAAGGCUGCACAGUUUAGAGAGAAUAUCUGAAUUUUCAGAAUCCUUCACCUUGAUUUCAGUCAGCCAUUGAUAAGCUGUUGUUCCCAGGAUGAAGACACCCAUAACAACUGCCUGGCGAGUAGCAAUUGUCCUUGCUGUCUUCUUGAUGUUGGUGACAGCAAUUGUUGUGACACUGUUUGUUCUCCACUUUCAGUCUAAUAAGAAAAAUGAUGGUUAUUUAAUUGGUGUGGGUCGGGCUGACUGUACUGGGCCUGUAAGUGAAGUACCUUUUAUGGGCUAUGGAAAUCCAGACCAGAAUGGUGCUGGCCUUAUCUCACGUCAAUACUGUAGAACAUUCAUCGUAGCAGAGCCCGAGGACUGGAAGAAACGAAUGGUGUAUGUUACUGCCGAGAUAGGAAUGAUGUCUCAAAGGGUCAGGCUGGAGGUAGUGAAACAGUUGAAACACAGAUACGGAGAUCUCUACAGGCAUGACAACGUAAUACUGAGUGGAACUCAUACCCAUUCAGGGCCAGGAGGGUAUUUUCAGUACACUAUCUUUCUGAUAACAGGCAAGGGGCUUAUACAGCCAUCCCUUAAUGCCAUUGUCAAUGGGAUCCUAGAGAGUAUUGACAUGGCUCAUCAAAAUAUGAGGAAAGGACGCAUUUUCAUCAAUAAAGGUUUGGUGGACCACACUCAGAUCAACAGAAGUCCCUUUUCUUAUCUUCGUAAUCCAGAGUCUGAAAAGGCCAGAUAUGCAUCCAAUACAGACAAAGAAAUGGUGGUGCUGAAGAUGGUCGCUGAAAAUGGUGAAGACAUGGGACUGUUUAGCUGGUUUGCAAUUCACCCAGUCAGUAUGAAUAAGAGCAACUGUCUUGUAAGUAGUGACAAUGUUGGCUAUGCAGCAUAUCUCUUGGAACAAGAAAAGAAUGAAGGAUACCUCACAGGAAAGGGACCCUAUGUAGCAGCUUUGGGAUCAUCUAACCUAGGAGAUGUGUCUGCAAACACAAAUGGUCCACACUGCAUAAACACAGGAGAGUCAUGUGAAAAUUUCAACAAUUACUGCCCAGAAGGUGGGUCCCAGAUGUGCAUAGCCACAGGUCCCGGCAAGGACAUGUUGGAGAGCACACAAAUAAUUGGGAGAAACAUCUACUUGAAAGCAAAGGAACUGUCUACAAAGGCCUCUGAAGAGAUAAAUGGUCCUAUCAGAACAGCUCACCAGUGGGUGAACAUGGCUAACGUUACCGUGCAGUUCAAUGCUACUCACUCGGGCAGAACAUGCAUACCAGCUUUGGGGUACAGCUUUGCUGCAGGAACUAUAGAUGGACCAGGAGUUAUGAAUUUCACUCAAGGCACAACAGAAGGUGAUCCAUUCUGGGAUGCGGUCCGCAAUGGACUUCUUGCUGAGCCGUCCAAUGAAACCCAAGAAUGCCACCGACCUAAGCCUAUCCUUCUUCCUACAGGAGAGCUUUCAAAACCCUACCCAUGGCAUCCACACGAGAUUGAUGUUCAGAUAGGUACCAUUGGAUCUAUGGCAAUAGUGGCUCUUCCAGGAGAGUUUACGACAAUGGCUGGAAGAAGAGUACGUGAAGCUAUUAAAAGUGAAUUUGAGACUCAAGGGAAACCAGGAAUGAAUAUUCUACUUUCGGGAUUGUGCAAUGUUUAUACCCAUUAUAUAACUACUUAUGAAGAGUAUCAGGCUCAACGAUACGAAGGAGCAUCCACCAUUUUUGGACCGCACACGCUUUCUGCUUAUAUCCAAUCAUUCCGUGGUCUGGCCAAGGCUAUUGCUAAGGAUACCAUUCAGGAUUUACCACAAUAUCCAGAGCCAGCUGUUUUCAACAUAAGCCUGAACUUCUUGCCUCCAAUUGUUGAUACCAGACCCAUUGGUCGUAAAUUUGGAGAUGUCCUACAAGAUGCUCAGUCAAAGUACAGGGUGGGUGAGGUGGUUGAUGUGCAUUUCGUUGGUGCAAAUCCAAGGAAUUCUGCAGGAAAUAUGAACAAUUUCACUUUUCUGACGGUGGAGAGACUUGACAACAUUUCCAGAAGUUGGCAAGUACUGUAUGAUGAUGCUUCAUGGGACACCAGGUUCAUCUGGCAGAAACACAACUGGGGAGUCAGCACAAGUAAAACAGAAUGGCACAUCCCAAACCACACAGAACCAGGAACCUACAGGAUACAAUAUUUUGGGCACAGCAAAGAACUUCUGAGCUCAGUUCAUGCAUUCAAUGGCUCAUCUUCAGUAUUUGAAGUUUCACAUUGAACUUUCUAAUCGUAAAAUUGGGAGCUAGAGGUUAUAAUAAGGGUGAGAAGUAAAUGAAAGACUUUCAUGCAACAACUGUGGGCACCUCUGCUUUGCCACCAGUCCACAAUUUGUCCCCCCCAGUAAUAGUUUAGCCACAGUGAGACCAGGAUGAACCAUUUGUCUCUCACUAGAAAGAAUGACUGCUAGUAUUACAUCUGUGACAGUGUUCACCGUACCAGCAGUGUACUAUCAGCCUUCUGCCGUGCAGUAGGAAAUAAUGGAGAUGCAAGGUGCAAUACUGAUCAUAUUGCUUGGUUGUGCAGGGGAGCACAUUUAAAGAGAUAGCCUGCAUAUUUGUACCAGUCUUCAGUUGUUUAAAAUGAAGCACUAUCAUUCCUGAUGUCCCACUCCAAUAGUUCUUUGUACUUAUUAACAGGGCAAUCCUGUGCAUGUCUACCCAGAAGUAAGUCCUACUUACAGUGGAGAUUACUCCCGACUAAAUUUGUUUAGGCUUUCAUCCAGAAAAUAAUAAAAGGGGUGUUGCUCACAGAAGUUUGCACCACCAUAAAUGUGUUAGCCUUUCCGUGACACAAGACUCCUUGUUAUUGUUAAGUAUUUUGCAUGUGAGCUGGAAUGCAGACUUACAAGCCCAUCCUAAGUAAUGGAGUUAGCUGCAGAUAAUGGAGAAUUUUUAUAUAUUCACACAAAAACAUAGCUUAUUAUAUUAGAAGGUAUAGGUUUAUAUAAUAAAAUCAUAAGGAGCUAAAGAACUAAGCAAAAAGGCCACAGGCCUUUGGAUCAUAGGGAAAGCAAAUUCAGUUUGAACUUCCCAACUCAUGAGAAUGAAGCAAGUAGGCCCGUGUGUAUGAUUAAGUUUGAUUAACGACCGUAUUGUUUUAAGCAAUGGAAGCCUAUAAUCCAUGAUUGAUAUAUUUUUAACUGUUUUAUCCAGAGAAACUGACUAGUGAAAUAGGUAACAAUGACAUAUAUUCUAUUCUUGAUUUUGUAGAACGAGAACGCCGACUAGUGAAAAUUUUGUAACUCUUCCAAAGUAGGAACGAGAGGAACUUUGAGCUUAGCACGCAUUUUAAAGUAACUUGGUGUGUUGUUUUUUUCACUUUUGAUAAAUAGGAUACAACUUUUUAAGUGGGUACUCAUGGUAAAUAAGUAUUUUGAGGUGGCUUGCUUUGUCUAUUCCUCUGAGGCUGAUAGACGCUGAUUGGCCAGUAUCAGCCCCAGUGUCUUCCCUAGACUGGGUAGUCUUCAAACGUAGCCCAGUGUUUAAAUAUAAUUCUCCCUCAUACGCUAUGUAUUUUAUAAGUAAGGAAUGGGAUUUCUGAGAAAAUAUAAGGAAUAAGGAACCUUAUAGCAGGCUAAUAAAACUAUGAUGCUCAUGGACACCCUAAGUUAGCCAAUCUCAACCUGGCGUCGUGGUAUUGCUGAAGGAACAUUUUGUAAUGUUCUCAGAAGUCCCUGGGUCAACUUGGGCAAUCAGGAGCCAUGAAAGUAUGCGUGAAGGCCCACUCACAAUAAGUAGAAUGAAGUGUAUGGUACAAACUGAUCUCAACUAGCCUAAAACCAUUAGUAACGAGAGACAGAAGAAUAGUGGUAACAUCAAUCAAGGAGACAGUGGAAUAUUGGAAAUAUUAGUCAAGGGAACAGAUUAACAUUAGUCAAAGAAGACAGCAGGACAAUGAGAUGGGAGGUUGUUGCAAAUUAUGAAUAUACAUAUACUCGUUUUAAUAAAAUUACAGUAGGGCCCUGCUUUACGGCGCUUCACUUUACAGCGAUUCGCUAAUACAGCCGUCUCAAUUAGACGCAAUUAGACUAAAGCCCCACUCAUAUGGCGCUUGUUCCACUUUUAUGGCAGUUUUUGGGCAUCGUGCGCCAUUCUAUUCAAUGAGUUCCACUUUACAGCGGUUUUCACCGAGUCUGGGCAAUACCCUCAGUUUUAUACUGGGAAGCCUCAGAUCAAAGACUGGGAAGAUAUUUAUGUUGUUACCCUCAGUUCUAUACUGGAAAAUCUCAGUUCAGAGCCUGGGAAGAUAUUUAUGUUGUUACCCGCAGUUCUAGACUGGGAAGCCUCAGAUCAGUGUCUGGGAACACCUAGGUAUAUGUGUUUUGUAGUAUUUUCUCUGGAAGUGAGUGUGUGGUUAGGGAAUGAGCCCCUUGUAUGAAUGAAGUGUAUGAACUGAAUGAGCCCUAAGCGUGAAAUGAGUAUCUAGCACCUUAGUGGUUCAGUGAGGAGAGUGUACUAAGAUUUGUACCUCUGGUGCUAAAACAAUGUCUGAAACAUAGAAAGCGGUGCUGAGCUGCAUGGGCUUACUGUGAAAACCCACUCAUUCUUUCAAGACAGAGAUACAGAGUUAGUUUUACUAAUGCAGCCUUCAGCAGGUGGAUCCCCUCCAGGUAUUUUGGACUGCAAUUCCCAUUAGUCCCAGGCAACAUGUGCUGGUUGGGGCUGAUGGGAAUUGUAAUUCAAAACAUUUGGAGGGGACCAGCCUGGAAAAGGUUGUCCUAAUGCAAUGUACCCUGGGCCCCUUUAACACCCCCAUCUCCUUUUCCUAGUGUAUGAAGACCUAACAAGCCCCUAGGGCAGGGUAGUCAAUGUGGUGCCCUCCAGAUAUUGUGGAUUACAACUGCCAUCACCCUCUGGCCAUUAGCCAUGCUGGCCUGGGUUGAUGGGAGUUGUAACCCAUAACAUCUGGAGGUCACCAUGUUGGCUACCCCUGCCCUAUGGAAACAUACUGUGAAAAGUUGUGGAGAAGAAACAAUGAGAUGUAUCCUUGUGCCGGCACUGGGCAUCCACUGUCCAGUCCCAGAAACCUUUCAGGAGAACAGGACUGUGUGAGGUCUGAAAAUCUUUGUGAAAGGAACAAUAAUUGAUAGCUUUGCUGUAGCUAUGGCAAAUACUCCAUGUUGGUCAAGGCCUACAGGAAGUAACUCAGCUUAAGUGUUUGCUCACAAACACAAUUCAAUUUAAUAGAAAAUGUAGCAAAAUGGGUAUCUUGAAAACUGCCUGUUGAAUCUUCGGUCAUUGGUAUUGUGAUGAAAUUUUAUAUUGCUUGACGCUUAUGGAAGAAAACUGUCAAUUUAAGAUUAAAUGGUCUAGCUAUUUAUGCAAAUACACUCAUGAGACUCUUAAGAGGAAGGAUUAAGUUUGUAGAAUCAUCUGUUUCAACAGCAAAUAAUAGAAUAUCCAAAUGACAAUCGACAUUUUUUAAAU